CUUUUCUUUUCUUCCACAACUCUCUCUCUCUCUCUCUCUCCAACAGAAAGUCGCUCAGCACACGCCGAUUUUGCCAAAACUACCGGAGGGACCGAGCUAUAAAAAUCUCUCACAUUGGUUGUACGGAUCACCAACCCGGUUUCCCUCCGGAGCUCCGAAUUCACCUUGCAGUCGGGUCCACCCAGUUCCCUUUUGAUUCAUAUUCAGGAAAAAAAAGAAAAAAGUCAACUCAGAAUAUGGGGAAAAGUAGGUGGUUAAUUUGGGCGAUCAUUGCAUGUGUUCUUGCCUCUUCUAGUGCGAGAGAACUUAAGUUGUUCAAGCACAAGAUGGGUCAUGAAUCCGAUUACAAUCAUACCCUGGCCACAAUAUUAGUGGAGUAUGCUUCUGCAGUGUACGUGACAGAUAUGACACAAUUAUUUACUUGGACGUGCUCAAGAUGUAAUGGUUUGAUAAAGGAAUUUGAAAUUAUAGAGUUGGUUGUUGACAUUCAGCACUGCUUACAGAGUUUUGUUGGAGUGGCAAAAGAUCUUAAUGCUAUUGUGAUUGCAUUUAGAGGAACUCAGGAACACAGCAUAAUGAAUUGGAUCGAAGACUUAUAUUGGAAACAGCUUGACUUGAAUUACCCUGGCAUGUCCGAUGCAAUGGUGCACCGUGGAUUUUAUUAUGCUUACCACAACACAACUCUACGCCCUGCAAUUUUAAAUGCUAUUAAAAGGGCAAAGGAGUGCUAUGGAGACAUUCCCAUCAUGGUGACAGGGCAUUCAAUGGGAGGGGCAAUGGCCGCAUUUUGUGGGAUUGACCUAAAGGUUAAUCAUGAAGCACGGAAUGUUCAAGUUAUGACAUUUGGACAACCCCGUAUUGGUAAUGCAGUGUUUGCAUCUUACUAUAGCAAGCUUGUCCCAAACACAAUUCGAGUCACAAAUGAGCAUGAUAUUGUGCCUCAUUUGCCUCCAUACUAUCCUUAUUUCCCACAAAAGACAUACCACCACUUCCCAAGAGAGGUGUGGCUUUACAACAUUGGAUUGGGAAGUCUUGUUUAUAAUAUUGAGAAGGUCUGUGAUGGUUCUGGAGAAGACCCAUCUUGUAGCAGGUCAGUGACCGGGACCAGUAUUUCAGACCAUUUAGUUUAUUAUGGUGUUGCAUUAAUGUCCGGAGAACCAGGGACAUGCAGAAUUGUGAUGGAUCCCCCUGUUGUGGAUUAUGGUACAACUGAUCUCGGAGGAAACUUCAUCUUAUCCAGAAAUCCUGCAACACCAGUUAUUAAAUUGAAUACAGAGUCAGAUACUGGGGGCAAAAAUGUUUAAGAUAUGGCUGGGAGUAUGAAAUCUCUUGCAAGAUAGCUAGAGAGGUCUGUUAUAUGAAUUAACAUUUAAUCUAAUACCCCAUACAGAGUAUUUUCAUCUUUUUUUUCUUUCUUUUUUUUUGGUUUAGUGCCCUUCCAGAAAGCUUUGGCAGUUGAUUAUAUUGUUGCAAAGGGCUGGGGCUGGAAAGAAAUUUGUGUAUAUACGAAUUGUGUACAUCUUCAUCCUUGUUAAUAUGAUCACUAUUGAUUUCAUUGUUUA